CAAAAUUUAUUUGAUCAUUAAUUGUGAUUAAACACUGCUAGUUGUAGCGUUUGCUGCCACUGUACUGUGUGCAAAACACACACAAAUCUAUGUGUAUAUAUGUUGCAUCAAUGGCUGCGUAAUUCACAGAAGCUCCAAUUCGUGGGACUCUAAAUUAUUGAUUCCGAUUCCCUCGAAAAGUAAUUGACGGCAGUAAAAGAAUCUCACACUUUUCGAAAUUUGCUUUUUGCUGCCGUCUACAUAUAAAAGCAGCUCCCUUUUGCAAUCAAGAUUUGUUUUUUAUUGCAUUUUGAAGUCUUUGAUCUUCACAUUGGGCUUCAGGAAAAAUGCCCGAGGGAAUAACAGCCGAGGCUCUGAUGAGCAAUAUCAUGGAGACGUUUUCAGAUAGCGCAUCAAAGAACAAAACCGUGUCGUUCUUUGAAGAGGAGAGAUCGAAUUCUGUAACUUAUCGGUUCAACAGAUUGUUUGGGCGUGAAAAGCCGGUCCACCAUCUUUUAGGAGGUGGAAAAUCUGCUGACGUGCUGCUGUGGAGGAACAAGAAGAUCUCAGCCGGUGUUCUAACUUCUGCCACGGCUGUUUGGGUGCUUUUCGAAUGGCUGAAUUACAACUUCCUUACACUCGUGAGCUUCGCCCUGAUUCUCGGGAUGCUCGCUCAAUUCGUCUGGAAGAAUGCUUCCGGCUUCCUGAAUAGAUCCCCGUCUAAGCUGCCUCGUCUCGUUUUGCCCGAGGAGGUCUUUGUCAACAUCGGCAAGGCGAUAGGAUCUGAGGUGAAUCAUGGUUUGAGAUUCUUGCAGGAUGUUGCCUCUGGAGAAAACAUUAAACACUUUCUAGUGGCUAUUGCUAGCUUGUGGGCUGCUGCCGUAAUCGGAAGCUGGUUUAAUUUCUUGACAGUGAUAUACAUCGGUUUCGUUGCUGCCCACACAUUGCCCAUCUUGUACGAGAGAUAUGAUGACCAAGUCGAUGCGUUCGUCUACAACGUGCUCGGGCAGCUCCAGCAGAACUACCGGAAGCUGAACUCCGGCGUCCUCAGCCAAAUCCCCAAGGGCAAGGUGGUGAGGGCAAAGAAGGCUGAGUAGAUUUUGAAGCAACAAGGCAUGACUUCUACUUUGAAUAACAUAUCUCUGUUUAUUCCUACUUUUUUAUUCCAACUUUUUAUACAAUGUUUAUUUAGUUA